GCUCUUUAAUGGGACAUAAUUAAUGCUGUAAUACAAGAAGGAUGAAAAUUUGCGACUGCGCUUCACCGCGAUCCUUUCACUCUUCCUGCCUCUCUUUCGCCAUUCCAUUCGCGGGGUAGCUCCUCUUUACGAGGACCCUAGCCUCAGUCGUUCCGAGAACCCGCUUCGUUGCAGGGUGUUCUCUUCUUUCACCCCCGCUGGAAUCACGCGAGAAACAACACCCUCCUUCACCCCCCCCCCCACACCUCCUUUUUCUUUCUUGUCAACGUGCACCAUCAUUAUAUUUACCAGUGAAGCAGAUUUCCAUCAGGUUUUACUUGACACAACAAAAGUCAAAAACACAAUCGGCUUCUAAUGUGUGUAUGUGUACGUGUUAAGGUCAUUCACCCACAAAAAGGGUUGAUGGACCCAAUAGUUUGAUUAUUAUCCAAUAAUUCAGCUGAUGAUGAAAACUAUCAAUUAUUUGGAUUUUAGAAUUUAGCCAAAGAUGAUCGUCAUUUGCUUACCCUAACCGAAUAACUAAAAUUACAAUCAGUCUAAAAUCGAAUAAGACCACUAUUCAAAUUUUUAAAAUCAAAAGAAAGAAAUAAGUCAUCAUCAAAAUUCCAUAAUAAAUAGCCAAUUCGAAAUUCAAUUUUAAAAAAACAUUCAGAUCCCAAAUUAACAGGAGCAAAUGAUUAAACAAACCUUUGAUGUAAAAAUCCCCCGAUUUCUAAUUACCGCUGUGAUAUCUUAGGAUCACCUGGUUUAACACCCCCCCUACCCCCGAGCAGCGUUUUGUGGUAAUUAAACCCGUAAUUAAUAUUCUAGGGUAAUUGGACGCAAUUAGUGCGGUUUGUAAUGAAGGUUAAAGGAGCACUACGCAACAAUUAAUUUCGAAAUAUUUUUCUAAGAAAAAUUGAAUUCAAAUAUUUGUCAACAGAAGUUUCUUGUCAUAAUAGUGAUAUGGGAGUGUAAAAAGAAAGUGUUGAAUUUUGCAAAUUGAUUUAUAGUGACACGAGUGAUCGUUGUGACCUGGGAAUUACUGAAGGCGUUUCAUUAGAUCUUUCAAAUAGGAAGGGAGGGGAAAAUGCCGCAUGACCUCCGCACGUGACAGACGGUGGACAUCAUCAAAAUUGAACAGCACGCUCGGGAGGAGGAUGGAGGAGUUGGAGACGCUGGAGACCACGGAGUGCCCGGACUGCUCCGGGCCACCCCCUGAGUUCCGGCUGCCGCCACCCCCGCGGCCGCCCUUCCUCACCGAGGGUACUUUCUGUUCAGAGGCACCUCUCGCUGAACUCGAGGACUGCGUCGCCAUUCCGAUGAUCGACGCGUCCUAUCAUUCGAAUCCAUCGUUACAAAGUACUGCCCUAAUUAUCACCUGUACGGUCGUACUGCUCCUAAUGGCUGCCGUUGUAUCCGUCGUCUUCUGGAAGCACAAGAGAAAAGUGCAGAAUCUGUUACCAUGCAAGAGUGCGGCGGCCGCUGCGGCACGCGGAAGACUUCCCGAUGGUGGUGGUCAUCCAGGCACGGGACAUUUGGGGAGCGCUGUUCUCUAUGAGGACCUACCAGACACCGUGCCACAUUCGCAGUUACACAAUCAUCAUCAUCAUCAUCCAAGUCAGCCAACGAUCGAGAUGUUGGAUGUCAAAGAUGGAGGAGGAGGACGUGGGGUCUUCGUCUGCAGCAGUCCUGGUCCCGAUCCUUACUCUUCUCAGGACCUUUAUAAUCCCGUCUACGAGGAACUAAGCAAUGGUGAUCAUCCGGAGACAGAUGAGGAGAGUGAAUUAAAUGCGAGAAAUCAAAUGAACAAUCAUCAUAAUAGUCAUCAUCAUCCAAGGCGUCGAUUUUCAGCCGAACGAUUUACAACGGAAGACAGUAAAUUUGUUCCAAGUGAUGAUGAAUUCGCCGAAGAUGAACUGUCAGUUGGUGAGCCUUCAGAAGCGAAAAUGUUGACAUUAAAUGGACCAGCGUGGGGAACGUGUCCAGUUGGUGGCAGGUUUCCAAGGGAACGAAGGGGUAAAAGUCCAAGGAGCCUGGAUAGACGUAAAAAGGAUAAAAAUCACGAUCUAGGCGAAUUCCAUGAGGGAAUGCUGCAUCUACUUCCAUACUUCCCAAGUGUUGCAGGUGUCGCGGGAGUGCGAACGAGCAACAACAGUCAACGUCAACAGUCCGUCCCGUCGGUGGCUCACAGGUUGCCUUACUUUGUGCCACCAAUGCCUGCAGCUCAAACACUGAGAGUUAAGGAGAAUCCUUACGAGACUGUUCCAGUAUUGGGUCCAUUGCAGCAUUAUUCAAGUCAGGGAAGAAGCAAUAAAGACAAAUCGUGGAAGGUCAAUGAUAAAUACAAAUAUUCCCAAUAUGGCACCGAUUAUUUUGGUCUUCAAACGCAGGAGAAUGCACCUGUCUAUACACAAGUGUCCGAGUACACUGACACAUAUUCACAGCCCACCGAUAGGCUCUACAACGAAGACAAGUACUCACAACCCGUCUAUUAUACACCGAGGGAUCCCGAUCAGGUCUCAUCAGGAAGACUUUAUCAGGGUCAACCGGACUCGAGUUUUGGUAGUGACAGUGGUUAUAGUCAUCAUACGUCAGGAACGACUGGCACCACUGGAACACGUGGCAGUACCUCAAAAACAAAUCAUCGUAAAGAUAAACACAGAAACUCCCAUCAUUCUCAUCAUUCCGCGGAUUAUAUCGUCUCUUAAGAUUCAUUUUGUGUGAAAUGGAUGACUGUACAGCUUUUCUUUUGGGUACGGAAUUUAUAUUCUAAAUUUUAACGGGGUAGGGGGGGGUUAAACACUGCCGUGUCGAGUUCUUUAAUUUUCAGAAAUUUUUUCCCAUCAAGAACAUCAUUCCUUUCAGUUUUUCACCUUUUCUUCUUCUCCUUUUCAAAGGAAGGGACAAACAAAAUGGCGAAUGUUUGGCCUUCGGCCUCGUGAACUUUCGUAACUGUUCGUCCAGUCUCGUGAAAAUUCGCCAUUCUUAUAAACUUUCAUACAAAAUUUCAGCUCAAAUGAUAAAUAAUACGAACCUACUAUUUUUUUUUUACAAAAAAACAACUUUUAAGGUACUUCCACAAUAGCAUUUUUUUAUCAAUACAUACAGGGUUGGGUCGUGAGAUAAAGCGUCACUACGCGGUAUUUCACUAACCCAACACUGCAAUUCAAGUAUUUUGAUGCACCGCGAGAUGGCAUUGUUUUCAGAAGUAAAAUCUAUCCAUAUUAUUUAGUUCUUACCCCUUUUUCUUUUAUUUUUAUUUAAAAUCAAUGAAUUCUCCAAUCAAAAAGCGAAAAAAAAUAAACAGUAUUUAGUCAAUUAUAAACCAUAUAUAAAAGUUAAAAAUAGUUUUGAAUCGAAUAAUUCUUACAAGACUAGAGUUUUUUGAUGAAAAACUUUUUUCCGCUUUUCUUUGUGUGGCAGAAAAUAAUUAUCGGAAAUGUAUUAUAACAGUUAAGCCCUGAAUGAAUUCUUUUUAUUCUAUUUACCUUUCAUUCUUUCUUUCUCUUUUAAUGU